GGGGGGGGGGUUGCUCCAAUGCGUAAGGUUAGUUGUGUACUGGCAGCUCCACACUGUCAAGUCGGUCGACUUUUCCGUCUUUCCACCCUACCGUAGUCACAUGGAAGCGACCGGCUGGCGGGCCUCAACAUUUUGUACCGAAGCUCGCCUUUCUCCAUUCUCUAAAUAAAUCAGCUCACACACGAACCACUCUUCGCUUCAACCCUCGGCACUGGUGCUUUCACCCGGCAAGAGUCAAGGACAUGGCAAAAAUCGACGAGAUUGUGGCCGAAGUGCCACCAUAUGCCCAAUGGAUUCUCGCUGGCAUUGGAGCCCUCUACAUGGGCGGCAAGGUCCUCAACUACAUCCGCUUCUUCUUUAGUGUUUUCGUGCUGAGCGGCACUAAUCUCCGCAAAUAUGGCAAGAAGGGCACAUGGGCUGUCGUUACUGGUGCAUCCGAUGGACUCGGCAAGGAGUUCGCGACACAGCUAGCCUCCAAGGGUUUCAACCUCGUCCUCGUCUCCCGAACCCAGUCCAAGCUCGAGACACUCGCUCAAGAGCUCGAAUCCAAGUUCAGUGGCCUUCGGACCAAGGUCUUGGCCAUGGACUUCAGCGCCGACAACGACGACGAUUACGAGUCCCUCAGAAAGCUGGUCGACGGUCUGGAAAUUGGCAUUCUUAUCAACAAUGUCGGACAGUCGCACAGCAUCCCUACGCCAUUCUUGCUCACGGAGAAGAAGGAACUGCAGGACAUUGUCACAAUCAACUGCUUGGGCACGUUGAAGGUCACGCAGGUCGUCGCCCCUGGCAUGGCAUCUCGCAAGCGUGGUCUUAUCCUCACCAUGGGGUCUUUUGGUGGUUGGGCCCCCUCGCCCUACCUCGCGACCUACUCUGGCUCCAAGGCGUUCCUCCAGCAAUGGUCAUCUGCGCUGGCGGCCGAGCUGAGGCCCAGCAAGGUCGACGUUCAGCUCUGCCUUUCAUACCUGGUGACUACUGCCAUGUCCAAGGUGCGCCGCCCGAGCCUGCUCAUCCCUAACCCCAAGCAGUUCGUUGGUGCUGCUCUGGGCAAGGUCAACAGUGGAGGGUGGCAGUUCAUGCCCAAUACCUAUACACCUUGGUGGAGCCAUGCCCUCAUGGGUUGGGCCGCUGAGACGUUCUUGGGCACCGGCAGCACACUUCUGAGAUGGUUCCAACUGAGGAUGCACGUUGACAUCCGCGACCGAGCUCUGCGCAAGGCCGCCAGAGAAGCCAAGAAGCAGUAAUCGCAGCUUUCGAAGAACGUGUUGUGUGUGCGCAUAUGUGCAUGUACAUAUAUGUGUGUACACACAUAUAU